CACGUUGGAGGAAAGGCCAGCUACAUCAUGGACUUACAAAUCUCGCUGUCCCCACCCUCGGAGGUGUGGGUCGCUCAUCAUUACGGAGCUAUUGUAUGGAAGCUUGCUUGUCUCGAGCGAGCUUUUCCUGAAGUGCUUGGAGGAAGGUACCUGACUCGCCCUCGCGUUCUGCAGCAAUUACGAUAUCGCGCUUAUCGUGAGAUGGUGUGUGGCCAUCGUUCAGCUCUACGAAUGAUAUUGAACGGCGAUGCCUCCGCAGGACGCUUAAUGAUUUUAUGUGUCAGCCAAGUCUACCACCGGCCUAUUUUUCAGACGAGCCUCCUCAACAAUGCUUCUCUGUCACAUACACUGGCUGAUGAACAGACGGCAGAUGACGCUCAAGAAAAAGAGUCGGAAAUUUUGGAGCAGGCUGAGUCGACGGGAGGCACAAGUCCAUCGACUCAUGUGCGUAUAGAGUUAACCGACGGCUGGUAUUAUCUCGAUGCGGUUUUGGAUAGCUUUUUGAGCGCCUUUGUCAGGACUGGUCGCAUCCGUGUGGGCACUAAGGUGGCAAUUUGCGGUGCGUUUUUGCAAGGCCUCUCCGGAGGGGGUGUUGACCCAUUGGAAAUGCUUGACCAGUCAGCGGACGCCCGUCCAUGUUUGCAAUUAGUCAUUAAUGGCACACGGCCUGCCAGGUGGGAUGCGCCAUUGGGCUUUCAGCGCCGGCCUUCAAUGUGCUCAAGGGGGGUCAUGAGUACGUCUGUAUCUGGCCUUGUGGCCGGUGGUGGAUCUGCGCCGGCGAUUGAGGCAGUAGUGGUCCGACGCUAUGCCACUCAGUUCAUGGAGCGCAGUCUCAAUGCCGAAGGUGAGCGACUUGCGUCGCGAGUUUUAAGCGUGGCAGAGGAGGAAGAUGCACAACAGCGACAUGAAGGGGUGUGCCAAGCCCGCAUGGAGCGGAUCUUAGAAGAGAAGACCCAGCAGGCGGAGGAAGAGAACCGAGAACGCCGUCACAGAAGGCAAGCCCUGUUGACCGUGUGGGAGCCAUCUGAGGAGCUCGAGGAGGCUUUACAGGAUGGUAGGCACGUUAUGCUUGAGCGCGGGAUGGAAAAGAAAGUGGACAUGGAGCAGGAACGUUGCAAAAUGGGAAAGACGCUUAGCGAAAACUGUGACGUUUACGCAUUAACUGAUCUCGUGUUUCAAUCGUAUGACCCUAAAACGGAUACUGUCAUGGCCAGUGUCUCGGGAUGGAGUGGUAUGCGCAAGGAGAUUCCUCCCCGGGCACGCAAUGAGGCUUACCUUCGAAAUGCGAUGGCAGAUUUGAGUCGAUGGGUAAAAUUAUCAUCAGAUGCACCUCGUGUGCUAGAGGGUGAGCGUGCUCGGCUUUUUACUCUACUAAAUAUAGGCAAGAUGAACGAGGUGCAAAGUGGAGGAGAGACCAGGUUUUAUCCCCGACAACGCAUUCAAGGAUCGAUAACGCAGCAUGAAAUCAUCUUUGACGAAGUCCAGGAGGAAAAAGUCUCAGAACGCCGCAGAGAUACGUCCUUAAAAUUGUUGGUAGACCUCGGAGGGCAGGCGUACAUAUCGGUGCUGUGUCGACGACAAUACGCCGUGCGUCGUCUUGCCACUUCUUUGCUCCCUGCCGGUCUGGACAUUUGCGAGGAUAUGGAAUCCAUUGCCGAGGCGCUGAUCCAGCAUCAGGCUCAACUAGGCUCUAUUUCUAUCGAAAUGCUUGUACAGCGCCUUGAAAUUGACGCAUUAGAUGCUCCCCUUUAUGAGGUCCUUGACGUCGCAGCCAUUCCUGCAAUCCAGCAUGCGCUUGGUACCCUUAACAGCCUCCUCGUAGAUGAAACAGGGCUUUCUCUCUUGACGGCAUCUAUUACACGCUAG